AUGACCCCGCCCCAUUCUCCCGCUUUCCAUCAGCCCGCCCCAUUCUCCCGCUUUCCAUCAACCCGCCCUUUCUCCCGCUUUCCAUCUCCCGCCCCAUUCUCCCGCUUUCCAUCACCCAGCCCCAUUCUCCCGCUUUCCAUCACCCCCGCCCCAUCUUCACGCUUUCCAUCACCCCUGCCCCAAUCUCCCGCUUUCCAUCACCCUGCCCCAAUCUUCCGCUUUCCAUCACCCCGCCCCAUUCUCCCUCCUUCCAUCACCCCGCCCCAUUCUCCGCUUUCCAUCACCUUGCCCCAUUCUCCCGCUUUCCAUCACCCCGCCCCAUUCUCCCGCUUUCCAUCACCCCCGCCCCAUUCUCCCGCUUUCCAUCACCCCGCCCCAUUCUCCCUCCUUCCAUCACCCCGCCCCAUUCUCCUCCUUCCAUCAUCCCGCCCCAUUCUCCCUCCUUCCAUCACCCCGCCCCAUUCUCCCUCCUUCCAUCACCCCGCCCCAUUUCUCCCGCUUUCCAUCACCCCGCCCCAUACUCCCGCUUUCCAUCACCCCGCCCCAUUCUCCCUCCUUCCAUCACCCCGCCUCAUUCUCCCGCUUUCCAUCAUCCCGCCCCAUUCUACCUCCUUCCAUCAACCCGCCCCAUUCUCCCUCCUUCCAUCACCCCGCCCCGUUCUCCCGCUUUCCAUCACCCCGCCCCAUUCUCCCGCUUCCCAUAACCCCACCCCACUCUCCCGCUUUCCAUCACCCCGCCACAUUCUCCGGCUUUCCAUCACCCCCCCGCCCCAUUCUCCCACUUUCCAUCACCCCGCCCCAUUCUCCCGCUUUCCAUCACCCACGCCCCAUCUCCCGCUUUCCAUCACCCCGCCCCAUUCUCCCGCUUUCCAUCACCCCGCCCCAUUCUCCCGCUUUCCAUCACCCCGCCCCAUUCUCCCUCCUUCCAUCACCCCGCCCCAUUCUCCCUCCUUCCAUCAUCCCGCCCAAUUCUCCCCUCCUUCCAUCACCCCGCCCCAUUCUCCCUCCUUCCAUCACCCCGCCCCAUUCUCCCGCUUUCCAUCACCCCGCCCCCAUUCUCCCGCUUUCCAUCACCCCGCCCCAUUCUCCCUCCUUCCAUCACCCCGCCUCAUUCUCCGCUUUCCAUCAUCCCGCCCCAUUCUCCCUCCUUCCAUCACCCCGCCCCAUUCUCCCCUCCUUCCAUCACCCCGCCCCGUCUCUCCGCUUUCCAUCACCCCGCCCCAUUCUCCCGCUUCCCAUAACCCACCCCAUUCUCCCGAUUUCCAUCACCACGCCCCAUUCUCCCGCUUUCCAUCACCCCGCCCCAUUCUCCCGCUUUCCAUCACCCCGCCCCCUUCUCCCUCCUUCCAUCACCCCACCCCAUUCUCCCGCUUUCCAUCACCCCGCCCCAUUCUCCCGCUUUCCAUCACCCCGCCCCUUCUCCCUCCUUCCAUCACCCCACCCCAUUCUCCCUCCUUCCAUCACCCCGCCCCAUUCUCCCGCUUUCCAUCAUCCCGCCCCAUUCUCCCGCUUUCCAUCACCCCGCCCCAUUUUCCCGCUUUCCAUCACCCUGCCCCAAUCUCCCGCUUUCCAUCACCCUGCCCCAAUCUUCCGCUUUCCAUCACCCCGCCCCAUUCUCCCUCCUUCCAUCACCCCGCCCCAUUCUCCCGCUUUCCAUCAACCCGCCCCAUUCUCCCGCUUUCCAUCACCCCGCCCCAUUCUCCCGCUUUCCAUCACCCCGCCCCAUUCUCCCGCUUUCCAUCACCCCGCCCCAUUCUCCCUCCUUCCAUCACCCCGCCCCAUUCUCCCGCUUUCCAUCACCCCGCCCCAUUCUCCCCGCUUCCCAUAACCCCACCCCAUUCUCCCGCUUUCCAUCACCCCGCCACAUUCUCCGGCUAUCCAUCACCCCGUCCCAUUCUCCUUCCUUCCAUCACCCCGCCCCCUUCUCCCUCCUUCCAUCACCCCCGCCCCAUUCUCCCGCUUUCCAUCAGCCCGCCCCAUUCUCCACUUUCCAUCACCCCGCCCCAUUCUCCCGCUUUCCAUCACCCCGCCCCAUUCUCCCGCUUUCCAUCACCCUGCCCCAUUCUUCCGCUUUCCAUCACCCCGCCCCCCUUCUCCCUCCUUCCAUCACCCCGCCCCAUUCUCCCUCCUUCCAUCACCCCGCCCCAUUCUCCCGCUUUCCAUCAGCCCGUCCCAUUCUCCCGCUUUCCAUCACCCCUCCCCUUUCUCCCGCUUUCCAUCUCCCCACCCCAUUCUCCCGCUUUCCAUCACCCCGCCCCAUUCUCCCGCUUUCCAUCACCCCGCCCCAUUCUUCCGCUUCCCAUCAUCCCGCCCCAUUCCCCCGCUUUCCAUCACCCCUCCCCAUUCUCCCUCCUUCCAUCACCCUGCCCCAUUCUCUCGCUUUCCAUCACCCCGCCCCAUUCUCCCGCUUUCCAUCACGCCGCCCCAUUCUCCCGCUUUCCAUCACCCCGCCCCAUUCUCCCUCCUUCCAUCACCCCGCCCAUUCUCCCGCUUCCAUCACCCCGCCCCAUUCUCCUUUCUUCCAUCACCCCGCCCCAUUCUCCCUCAUUCCAUUACCCCGCCCCAUUUUCCCGCUUUCCAUCACCCCGCCCCAUUCUCCCGCUUCCCAUAACCCCGCCCCAUUCUCCCGCUUUCCAUCACCCCGCCCCCUUCUCUCUCCUUCCAUCACCCCGCCCCAUUCUCCUUCCUUCCAUCACCCCGCCCCAUUCUCCCGCUUUCCAUCAGCCCGCCCCAUUCUCCCGCAUUCCAUCACCCCGCCCCUUUCUCCCGCUUUCCAUCUCCCCGCCCCAUUCUCCCGCUUUCCAUCAACCCGCCCCAUUCUCCCGCUUUUCCAUCACCCCGCCCCAUUCUUCCGCUUCCAUCAUCCCGCCCCAUUCCACCGCUUUCCAUCACCCCUCCCCAUUCUCCCUCCUUCCAUCACCCCGCCCCAUUCUUCCGCUUUCCAUCACCCGCCCCAUUCUCCCGCUUUCCAUCACCUCGCCCCAUUCUCCCGCUUUCCAUCACCCCGCCCCAUUCUUUUGCUUUCCAUCACCCCGCCCCAUUCUCCCGCUUUCCAUCACCCCUACCCCAUUCACCCGCUUUCCAUCACCCGCCCCAUUCUCCCGCUUUCCAUCACCCCGCCCCAUUCUCCCGCUUUCCAUCACCCGCCCAAUUCUCCCGCUUUCCAUCACCCCGCCCCAUUCUCCCGCUUUCCAUCACCCCGCCCCAUUCUCCCGCUUUCCAUCACUCCGACCCAUUCUCCCGCUUUCUAUCACCCCGACCCAUUCUCCCACUUUCCAUCACCCCGCCCCAUUCUCCCUCCUUCCAUCACCCUGCCUCAUUCUCCCUCCUUCCAUCACCCCGCCCCAUUCUCCCGCUUUCCAUCACCUCGCCCCAUUCUCCCGCUUUCCAUCACCCAGCCCCAUUCUCUCGCUUUCCUGUUG